ACUGUCUGUGUCGAGAAGGAACAAUUUCAUCCGACACCAUAACAUGCAUGGCUCACGUGAACUAGAUUCUCCAAAAACUUAGGGAGCAAUCUGCAAUAUUUCGGAUAAAAGAGCUAGUUUUCGCCACUAAAAAGGACAGGCACGAAAGCAGCGAGUUUUUCUGCUCGAGCUGCUAAAAUUCAACCCCCACGAAUUCAAGACGAGGUACCAACUCCAGCAAAGGAUCCUUUUUAUAUCUCUAGAUUCUCGCUUGUGGAGAAGUAAUGGCUUUUGCUACUGCCGUGACGCCGCCAUCUCUAUUUCCGGUUCCAACUCGUCCCCUUUCCGCAAUUACUCGAAGGUUUCCAUCCCCUACGUUCACAGGUGGAGGGAGGUGCACGUCUAUUGUUGCCAAGGCUGUGGGAGAUAACUCUGACACUUCUGAUGGCAGCAUUGUGAAAUCUGUCCAAGAUGCUUGGAGCAGCUCGGAAAAUCUAAUUGGCGUUGCUGGUCUUGGAUUUGCAGCAAUUGUUGCAGUUUGGGCCUCUAGUAAUCUUAUUGGGGCUAUCGACAAGCUUCCUGUGGUACCAAUCGUCUUCGAAGUCAUAGGCCUACUAUUCACCUGGGUAAGUCUGCAAAGUCUGGGGCUAAAACUUUGGCUUCUAGAAACUUGUCUAACCAUUUCGAUUCUUCCAAUGUUUACAGUGGUUCAUCUAUCGCUACCUUUUGUUUAGACCGGACAGGGAAGAAUUUUCAAAAAUUGUUAAGGAUGCAAUUUCAAGUGUUCUUGGCAAGUGAGAGGCUGCAAAAGACAUCUGCUGCAAUUUAAAGUGGAUUCCUGUAAUAUAAGUGAGAUAUCGUGUACUGAAAAACCAGAAUAAGCACUUAAUAUUGAUGUGAAUUUUAAAAAUGCA